AUGUCGGACGAAAAUAAGGCUGGCCGGAGAGAGAGGAUAGUGGGGGUCAAUGACGCAGUCGUUGAUGCGUCUCUACGAGUAUUAAUAAACGCGCGGCUGCUGCUCGGCGCGCUAUUUUCGUGGUGCUGUGAUAGCGCUGUCUGCUCGGGGGCUUCGCCGGCCCCACUGUACGCAACAGAUGGCUUCGCGUGCUGCAGAGACGUCAGCAACAGUUCUCUUCCCCUUCCUGGGUGUUUUGAGAAAGUAGACCACGGAGGGCGGCGGGCCGUUCCAGUUCGGCGGCUGUCAUUUGUACGCAGCCGGUUCCUCAGAGGGCUCACAGACUCGACGCGGCCCCCCUCGGAGCCCACGGCGGGACAAGAGGAUGUUGAUGAGGGCGCCCUCUGCCCUCUUUACAUGCAAAUAGCGGACCUGCGGCUCUGGCGGGGGCGGACUUCUUCCGGGCCACCGCUGUCAAACCAAACAAACACAGGCAAACAGCGCGGCGAUACUUUAAAGACGGCAUUGCUCUUCAAGUCUGCUUCAGGAGUUCAAAACUGCGAACAAUGUGGCUUCCACCAUAUACAAGGUGACAAGUUAGUUUCACGCCUGUAUGCAACAGCAGAACGCCACAACGACUACUGCUGA